UUAGCUGUGUUUUGGGGGUCGGCUCUGCUGCAGAGCCCCUCAGUAACCCGGAGGUCCUGUUGCACUGCGGUGUUUACAGCGCUGAUCUCAGACCUGCAGCUCAGGUGCCCCGUGGUGUACCCUGCCUUUCUGCGCUCGUCUGGGCGGAAAGCAGAACAGCGGCAUCAACCCCCACCGGCUGGACGCUGCCACACACACUCUUGCUGUCUCCACACACACACUUAAACACACACACACACACUCAAACAGAUCUGGCUGCACCAAAGUCUCAGCAUACAGCUGCACCAGGACCCUCCUGUCAGCUCUGAAACGAGUCAAUGAUGGACAAACGCAGGAGAAAGGACAGUUCAGCUGGACAUGAGCUCAAACACACACCAUCCUCACUGCCAACAGACGCGUGAUAGAUGUGUCUGUGUGUGAGUGUGUAUGUUAGGGCUGUCACUGUUAUUUCUGUUGGCAAAAAAGUAAAUAAUCAAAUCCUAAAGGCUUCUUACAUAACACUGUACCAUAAAAAUAGACUGUUGUUUUGAUAUGGACGUAGUUCAGUCAUAUUCUCUCAUAUAAUCAAACACAUUAUAGAAAUUAAAUAUAUUUUAUCUAAGUUUUGCAGUCUUUACAGAAGAGUGUUCACUGACAGAGUGAAGGUGUGAGUUGUAUGUCAGGAGUUUAAAGCUUACACUACACACCAGAUUACCUUUAACAACUUGAACACUUGUUUGUAGGCUAAUCACAUUUGGCUAAUCAUGCUGUCUUUAGUGCUUUAGAAGAGUUUUGUUUGUUGUCAUAGUUUCACUUGCAGAACUCAACGAAACUAAGAGUGACGUUACCAGAAAUGUUAGCAGCUGGGAUAAUAACACCCACAGCUCAUAUCUAGUAGCCAAGCUAAAAAAAGUCCAGUCAGAAUUUGGGCCUACCAUAAACCAGGCUAAGCUAGCCCCAUCAGUUAGCAACUAAUUUAGCCUGGAGUUGUUGAUCAAACCGGAAUAACGUCUGUUCAUGUAUUUCUGCUGUUGUAAGCUAAUGGAAGUUAAAUGUUUUGCUAUGGCAGCUGAUAAUUUAAAGUGAUUUAAAUUUCUGUAUGUGGGUUUUUGGAAAUUCCUCACUCGUAAUCACUUAUAUUGGCUGAGAACACUUGCACAUUUUGGGGAAAUACUGAAUAAGCUAGGCUAGAUACUGGCUGUUUCUCACUGGGUAGUAAAUAGUUCAUGGUAGUUAUGGAAUAAUUUAUAUUAGACAGAUACUUCUUAUUUCAUACUAGCUACUAAAUUAUUUACAGCAAUUGCUAAAUAAUGCAGCUUUCACACUUGAUACAGAAUAAUUCACACUGGACACUAUAAUUCACAUUAAAUGUAAUCAGUAUAUCCAUCAUACUAAAUGCAUAAUUAUUUGUACUAGAUACUGAAUAAAUCACACUGGAUGCUGAUUAAUGCAGCUGCCCUGUAUAAUUCAUACUGCAAGACUACAAUCUAAAAAAUCCACAAUAGAUGCUAAAUAUUUUUUAAAAUAAUUCAACGUUGUCCUGUAUAAUUUAUAUUUGAAGAUUAGAACCUAAAUAAUAAUAGCUGAAAAAUAAUUUUUAAAAUAUACCGAGUAAUUCAUACUAGACUUUGUAUAAUCAACACUAGACACUGAAUAAUUCAAACUAGAUUCUGUAUGAUCCACACUAGACACUAAAUAAUUCCUACUAGAUUCUGUAUAAUUCACAAUAAUCACUGAAUAAUUCAUACUAGAUUCUGUAUAAUACUCACUAGACACUGAAUAAUUCAUACAGGAUUCAAAAAUAAAUUAUACGGGGAACUGUAUACUUAUUAGUGAUUACUGUAUUGAGGUGUUAAUCAAUGAUUUCGUAUUUUUUAUCGAGUUUAAUCGAGUGACAGCCCAAGUAUGUGUGUGUGAGUGUGAUGGAGUGGUCUCUGGAGAGGAUGCGGGAGUGGGUCGCAGGAGGGAUGCAGUCUGUGCGGGAGUGUGAGGGGGGUGCCCUGGGCACGGCCCUCUGCCUGGCGCUGCUCUUUAUCUGGUACUGUUACCGGGUGGGCUGUGAGCACAGCGUGCCCUCUCUCCGGGGAGGAUACACGCCUGAAGGCCGCGGGGGCGGCGCCCUGCCAGCCAGCGUCCUGACCGCUGACCUCUCCAACCGACUAGCAUCAUCUAAACUCCGACAGGUGGGCGGAGUUGGUGGAGUUGGGGGUGGGGCUACUGAAGAAGAACUGAACGGAUUUGCAUACUGCCAGUCUCCGGAGUGUUUCCGCUGCUCUCGGCCGGGUGAAGGCCUGAACCAGAGGCUCUACCACAGCCUGCAAGAAUACGCCAAGCGCUACACCUGGGCAGGUAUGGGCCGUGUGCACAAGGGCGUGCGAGACCAGGGCCGCUACCUGCUUUGCAACCGUCCGUCCAUCCAGAAGCCUGAGGUGUUCUUCCUGCCUGACCUGCCCUCUGCACCGUUCUUCUCCCGUGAGGCUCAGAAGCAUGAUGUAGAGCUUCUGGAGCGCAGUUUCCCUGCCCUGUUGGCUGAGUUCGAGAGUGUGUACCGUUUGCCUCCGUCCAGGACCGGAUCCUCACUCCCUCCUGGCUGGAAGGCCAACAGCACGCCCCGGGGCCAGUGGUGGACAUUCUACUUGGUGAACCAGGGCACCCCCAUGGCCCUGAAUGCCCGCCGGUGCCCGCGGGCAUGGAGGGUCCUGGGACAGCUCCGCACUUUCAUCGCUAAUAAUGUCUUUGGAAAUGCCUGCUUUUCCGUCCUGAGCCCCGGAGCCACCAUUUCUGAGCACUACGGCCCCACCAACGUCCGCCUGCGCUGCCAUCUGGGUCUGAAGGUGCCCUCGAACUGUGAGCUGGUAGUCGGUGGGGAGCCGCAGUGUUGGUCUGAGGGAAGCUGCCUGCUGUUCGACGACUCAUUCCUGCACACGGCCUUUCACGAUGGCUCUCCUGAAGAUGGUCCCAGAGUGGUCUUUAUGGUGGAUCUUUGGCAUCCAAAUGUUGCGGCAGCUGAGAGGCAGGCACUGGAUUACAUCUUCACUCCGGGACGCUGAGAAACAAAGAGAAAGAGAAGCAGAGAGAGAGAAAAAAGAAAGAGGAGGGUAGGAUGGGUGAGCUGUCAUACAUACCAAUGGAAGCUAGUCAUUGUUGAUUGACGGGACUGAGACUGUACUAAGACUGAAGCGAAUUAUAAAAGUUGCACAUUGUUCUGUACAUAAGUGUGUUCUGAAGAACCCUCGCGGUUCUCUGCUCAGAGAUGCUUCUGACCCAAACUCAUGUACAUUAUGGAUGUUUACAGACACAAUCCAGUCUAAAAAUAGUGCAGUGGAAGGGUGUGAAACUGUUCCCUGAGUGAAAACACGUUUAGAACUAGACGUUUCUUUCUUCCUCUUGAAUCACAACUGUACUUUUUCAGGGUAGAAAUGAAGUGAAACACGUUUGAACCACAAAGACGAUGCACUUUUCAAACUGGUGGAAAAGCCAGGAGUGAUUGUAUGGAAAGCACACAAUUAUCUUGCUCUGCACCUUCAUGCCUGCAGGGGGCGGUGUAAACAGGGGUAAACUAAAGCGGACGGUAGGGACAGCGACUCUGGUGUGUUUACAAAGUGUUUGUGGCGAGGAAAGAGAUGCACUACCAGCUAUUCUGUAUAAAAAUCAACUUUCGUGUUGUACUGCAGUAGGGAGAGGUCGUUUUUGUCGCUCCAAAGCCUGCUUUCCUCAGUCCUCUCCUCUGUUCUUACCCGUCCUGUCGUCCAGAACAGGAUGAAUCAAGCGCUUUGUAUUUCUGUACAGUAUAAAAGCACCGCAAAACCACAUCUGAGACUUUACACCAGAUAGAGUGGAUUUUAUAUUCCAAUUUUUAAAGAAAGUUCGUGAAAUAUGUAUAAAAACAUAGUUGUGUUCAAAUUUGAGUCGUGCACUUGUUUCAUUUGCACAGGUUUGCUUAUAUUAUGCGUAAGUAAUGUAAUGCACUCAAUUUACUCAAAUCCCAAGUGCAUAAAACAUAUUCCGUAAAGUUGAGCAAACUGAAAUAAAAAACAUUAAUAAAUCUGUGUUUUAGAUGAACAAAUUCAGAACAAGGUUUGAUGUAAAACUGUGCUUCAUUGUGGACAAACUUUACAAUUCAGAUUUCUUUGCAGUGGUGAUGAAUGGAAGACUAUGAAAGCACAAAUAUAGCCAUUAUGUCUAAAUCCACCAGUUAACCUACACAUGUAUUUUGAGUUUUACAUGAAGAGUUAUUAAUGGUAAAUUAAUUGCAAUCCUAAUGUUUUCUUUAGGGACUAUUUUUUGCCACACCACACCUGGCAGGAUUUAAUAUCCCUUCAUCCGAAUCUUCUCAGAACUAUGGUAAAACAGUGUUUCAGUCAUUUGACUGAUUAACUUUCUAACCACACACAUCCAGUAAGAGUCCUUGGGUAAGACUCCUAUAACAUUAUUCUACCUGUGUAACAAGUAAGGGCUCUGGGUAAGAGUGUCACAUAAAUACUGUAAAUGUAAUUUAUUAAAAAAGAAAAUGAUGCACAUUUUGUGCUCGCUAGCUUCCAAUCACUGUUAGCUAGGGUAGCAUGCUUGGUUAGACCAUUUCAUUAAGGUUUUCACUGUUUAGAAGCACACAUACUAACCAAAACAUAGCGAUCAGAAAUCCCACCCCCCUAUACAUAUUCAUAUUUAAUAAAAAAAAAUGUGUACAGUGGGAUAAAUCCACUCCCCUGUCUGGUGGAACGUCUAAUUUGAAGUUUACAGGCGUAGCCGAUGUUGAUAUGAGCUUAGGCCGAGCUGUCUCAUCCUGAGCACGGGGCUUCAGUGAUUGCUUCACAUUUUGUGCUAUUGGUACAUUCCUUUUGUAAAGAGAAAAUAUAUACCGAAGCGUUUGGGCACACAGUGUUGUGGUCAGUGGCGUUUUAUAGCGUUGGGUGAUCUUUUGCAGCGGCGUUUGGGUUUCGGGGUUUAUGAUGAUAUUCCUACUUCCAUGUUUCCAGACGUGUGUGCCAUGGGCGUGUUUUACUACAGCUGAGCGAUGAUGUGUGUUUAAUAAAGAGCCCAUUAUAAAA